AUGGCAAAUACAUCCAAAGAGCGCGGCAUUCGCAUAGCAAUCGACCGAGGCGGCACCUUCACCGACUGCGUUGGCGAGUACAAUGGCGAAGAAAUCAUCAUCAAGCUCCUCUCUGAGGACCCGGCAAACUACAAAGAUGCGCCGCUUGAGGGAAUCCGGCGCAUCAUGAGCCAUUUCCUCAAGCGGGAUAUCCCCCGCGGCGAGCCCUUGGACACAUCCAAGAUUGAUUCCAUCCGCAUGGGCACCACUGUAGCGACCAAUGCGUUGCUGGAAAGGAAGGGCGAGAAGAUUGCCAUGGUCGUCACAAAGGGCUUCAAGGACUGCUUGACGAUUGGGAACCAGUCCAGGCCCAAGAUCUUUGACCUGGCUAUCAGGAAGCCGGAUGUCCUGUACGAGCAGGUUGUCGAGAUUGAUGAGCGCGUCACACUGGAAGACUAUGCCGAGGAUCCGGAGAGGACAAUCACGGCGACAGAUGCUCAAGCGGGCACCAAGGAGGCUGAGGGUAAGGACCUCGUUAGGGGUCUCUCCGGCGAGACGGUCAGGAUACUGAGGCGCCCGGAACACGACGACAUAAGAGCAAAGCUGCAAAAGGUGUAUGACUCGGGAAUCCGCAGUAUAGCCGUGUGUCUUAUGCACGGGUAUACGUUUCCUGACCAUGAAGCCCUGAUAGGCAAGAUCGCAAAGGAGAUUGGCUUCCAACACAUCUCACUCAGUCACGAGCUAAUGCCCAUGGUGAAACUUGUGCCGCGAGCAACAUCAGUCUGCGCAGAUGCUUAUCUAACUCCCGCAAUUAGGAAGUACAUAGAUGGCUUCCAAGCAGGCUUUGAAGGAGGCCUGGGCACGCAGAGCGUGAAGCACGAAAAGGGACCCAAGGGCGCUCGCUGUGAGUUUAUGCAGAGCGAUGGUGGUCUUGUGGAUGUCGACAAAUUUACGGGUCUCAAAGCCAUUUUAUCUGGUCCGGCAGGAGGUGUAGUAGGAUAUGCCAUGACAUCGUAUGAUGAAGAGACGAGGGUUCCCGUUAUUGGAUUCGACAUGGGAGGCACUAGCACAGACGUCUCUCGUUACGGAGAGGGUCGGUACGAGCACGUCUUUGAAACAACCACUGCCGGUGUCACGAUUCAGUCUCCUCAGCUUGACAUCAACACCGUCGCCGCUGGUGGUGGCUCUCGUCUCUUUUUCCGCAACGGGCUGUUCGUUGUAGGACCUGAGUCUGCUGGUGCUCACCCCGGCCCAGCUUGUUACCGCAAAGGUGGCCCUGCAACUGUCACAGAUGCCAACCUGUACUUGGGCCGUCUCCUACCUGAAUUCUUCCCCAAAAUCUUUGGCAAGAAUGAGGACGAGGGGCUGGAUCUGGAAGCGAGCAGAAAAGUGUUGCAGGAACUGGCAGACCAAGUGAACCAGGAGACGGGAAAGAACUUGUCCGUCGAUGAGGUCGCUUUUGGAUUCCUAACAGUUGCCAACGAGACCAUGACAAGGCCCAUUCGGUCCAUCACUGAAGCAAAGGGCCACGAUACCUCUAAGCACAGACUGGCGACCUUUGGCGGUGCCGGCGGUCAGCAUGCCGUCGCCAUCGCGGAAUCUCUCGGUAUUAGCCAGAUCCUUGUCCACCGAUAUUCAUCUGUCCUCUCCGCCUACGGAAUGGCUCUUGCAGACGUUGUGGAUGAGCGACAAGAGCCUGAUUCUUCAGUCUGGAAAGACAGCGGCAAAGUCAUCACUGAACUCCAGGCCAAGAUGGAGAAAUUAAAAGACAAGUCACGAGCCGCUCUCAAAGAUCAAGGUUUCGAUGAGAAUGAGAUUGUGUUUGAGGAGUAUCUCAACUGCAGAUACCGCGGUACUGAGUCUGCUCUCAUGAUUAUCAAGCCUAGCGAAGAAGAAGCAAAGGCGAAUUUUGAUGGCAAAGACUGGGAGUUUGGUAAGGCGUUUGUCAAGCAUCAUCGCUACGAGUUUGGUUUCACGUUGGAUGAUCGGGACAUCAUCGUAGAUGAUGUGAGAGUUCGCGGUAUUGGAAAAAGCUACCGCCAUCAUGAAAAGUCCAUUGACCAGCAGCUCAAGACGAUCAAAAAGCAGGAAGCUUCUACAAAGAAGCAACACAGCGAACAGGAAGUUUACUUUGAUGGCGGCAGAGUCAAGACUCCUGUUUACAAGCUCAAGGACUUGAACGAGGGCGAUGUGGUCAACGGACCAGCUAUGCUGGCAGACGGAACUCAAACCAUUGUCGUGACUCCACGGACCAAGGCUCUCAUUACGGGAACGCAUGUUGUGCUUGAUAUUUCGAAAGAAGGUGCCAAAGACGAGUCCCAUAGCACAGGAGGAGACCGCGAAGUCGAUCCCAUCAUGCUCAGCAUCUUCGGUCACAGAUUUAUGGCUAUUGCAGAACAAAUGGGCCGAGCUCUGCAAAAAACAAGCGUUAGCACAAAUGUCAAAGAAAGACUCGAUUUCUCCUGUGCCAUAUUCGACGCCUCUGGUAACCUGGUAGCCAACGCACCACACUUGCCCGUACAUCUAGGAAGUAUGAGCCACUUGGUCCGUCGACAAGCAGAGAUUUGGAAAGGACGACUAGAAAAGGGGGACGUCAUCAUCUCAAACCACCCUUCGUACGGAGGCACCCAUCUUCCAGAUGUGACGCUGGUGAUGCCCGCCUUCGACCCCAAGGGCGAGAACAUCCUCUUCUACGCAGCAUCCCGAGCCCACCAUGCCGACAUUGGUGGAAUCAGCGCCGGCAGCAUGCCACCGCACUCUCGCGAACUAUUCCAAGAAGGAGCCUCCAUUAAGAGCGAAAAGUUAGUCAGCGGCGGCAAAUUCGAUGAGGAACGUGUUAUCGAGCUUUUUUAUAAUGAGCCUGCCCAGUAUCCUGGAUGCAGUGGCACGCGAUGCCUUGCCGACAACAUCAAUGACCUGAAAGCGCAGGUCUCUGCCAAUAAUAAGGGAAUAUCUCUUAUUGAGACUUUAAUAGAGGAAUACGGCGAAGAAACUGUUCAGUUUUACAUGGUUAACAUCCAGAAGAAUGCCGAGAUGUGUGUACGCAGGCUGCUCAAGGACGUCUACAAGCGAUUCGAGGGCAAGGAGUUAUCCGCUGUAGAUUAUAUGGACGACGGAACCCCCAUUCGUCUCAAAGUCACCAUCGAUCCGGAAGCAGGCGAGGCUGAGUUUGACUUUGAAGGAACCGGUCCCGAAGUAUACGGCAACAUCAAUGCUCCCCAGGCAAUCACCUAUAGCGCCAUCAUUUACUGCCUACGCUGCCUCAUCUCCGAAGACAUUCCCUUGAACCAAGGAUGCCUGAAGCCAAUCCACGUCAAGAUUCCCCCCAAGUCUCUCCUUUCACCAUCCGGCAAUGCAGCUGUCGUCGGUGGAAACGUACUGACUAGUCAACGUAUUACCGAUGUUGUGUUUAAGGCCUUCCAAGCUUGUGCUGCCAGUCAGGGAUGUUGCAAUAACCUUACAUUCGGAUUUGGUGGCAAUCAAUCCGGCAAGCAAGCUGUCAAGGGCUUUGGCUACUAUGAGACUAUUGCAGGUGGAAGUGGUGCUGGACCCGACUGGGUUGGUACGAGCGGUGUGCACGUUCAUAUGACCAACACGAGGAUCACAGACUCGGAGAUCUUUGAGCGAAGAUAUCCCGUUAUCUUGAAGGAGUUCUCCAUUCGAGAAGGAUCAGGUGGUGACGGUCAGCACCGCGGAGGCGAUGGAGUCAUCCGAGAUAUAGAAUUCCGUAUACCGCUGCAAGUGUCCAUCCUCAGCGAGAGGCGCGUAUAUCGUCCAUACGGUUUGAAUGGUGGAGAGGAUGCCCAGUGUGGGUUGAACCUAUGGGUAAGAAAGGUGGAAAAGGCGAAUUGGGAGCGGUCCCUCAAGAGGCUCCAAGGGGAAGAGGACGCAGGGCAGACGGAAUAUGAAGAGCGGCACAUCAACUUGGGAGCCAAAAACACAGCUGCCAUGUCAGCAGGGGACCGCAUUAUCAUAUGCACCCCUGGAGGCGGAGGCUGGGGAAAGCCAGGCGAAAAGAGCAAGGAAAGGAAAAGAACCGAUUUUACUGAGAGCUGGAGCAAAGGCAGUUUCGCGGCCAGAGAAGAAACUGCCUUGCAGGCUUAGUUGGGUCAUUUCCAAGUACUAGUCCGGAAUAGACGUAAAGCAGACAACAGAUGUUUAAAA